UUUGUAGUGGUAGGCAAAAUGGCUUUUUCUUCUGUAUUUCUUGUUUUCUUAGCUGGCCUGAUAUUUUGCUCUGAAGCUUCAUCAUCGGACUCUCCCGACGCCAAGCAUCCUCUUUACAUAAGAGUUCUGGAUUCACUCCGAGGAACUCCAGCUUCAAAUAUUCCAGUUAAGUUAUAUAAAGAAGCCGCAGAUGGAUCUUGGGAACUGUUAAAUUCAAAACAAACCAAUGACAAAGGAGGUCUCCCUGAGCUUACAACUAAAGAACAAUUUGGAGCAGGGAUAUACAAGGUAGAGUUAGACACGACCUCUUACUGGAAGAACAUGGGUUUGAAUGGCUUCCAACCCCAUGUUGAUGUGGUGUUCCCAGCUAAUGAUGCUGGUUAUCGACAUUACUCCGUUGUUUUUGUCCUUAGUCCCUUUUCUACCUCAACUACAGCAGUUGUUAGUGAGCCAGUGGAAUAGAAGCUGACAUUAAUCAUGAAAAUUCAGAUAUGUGAAUUAAAACUUCCAUAAAUGAUAAAAA